GUUCUAGAUCUGCGCUAGAAGGUACGUUACUGAUCGACAAAUAGCAGAAAGAUGUCAACCGGCAUGAUGAGCAGGUAUUAUUGGUCUUCCACUGAACUAUUGGCGCCUUUAUAUACAGGCGCAAUAUGACGCCCUUGGCACCAUUAGUGCUGAUGUUGAUGACAUGCGGGAUACCGUCCAUCAUUUCCAUUUUCAACAUGCCAAUACGACUUUAAUCUCAAUUGAUAGGAUUGAAGACUGAUGGCAUGCGGGAUAGGUCCAGCAUUUCUAUUUUUGCCCUACAGCCUGAAUAUUACUUGAUUUGCAAAUAAGGCCAAUGAUAUGAUGCUCGCUUUCAGCUCAGGAUGUCCUGAUUGGCAAUUAUGGCCAGAACGGAUGAUCUACAAUACUAUAUAAGGAGCAGAACCUGCCCGUCUUGAUGUCACGAUGCAACCAUCAGACAAUAUCCACCUCUAAGCUCUCAAGAUGGCUUCACUUCGGUGUACUCUCCCUUUCCUUACGCUCUUCCUCCCCCUCCUCCUCCCUCUCGCAGCCGCCAACGUCACUAUCUCCGGCUCGCCCAGCGUGAUGGGAAAUGGUAGCUACCCACGCGCCACCUACAUCAACGACAAAUCCCUACUCGGCUGCUACCAGGGCAUGCAGGACGGCAUAUUAUCCAUCCAAACAGUCCGAUCGACCGACAAUGGCACCACCUGGUCCCCCUGGAGCACUGUCCUCAGCGAAAACCAAACAGAGUACACACCAAACAACUGCUAUCUGCACCAACUGCCAGACUCAGACCGCAUCCUACUGGCGUUCCGCAACCCGAAGCGUGACGCGUCUGGAAAAAACUAUAUUCAUCAUAUCAUUUCAGUGUAUUCAUCCGACGAUAACGGGAAGUCGUGGGCGAAUCUGAGUACUGUUGCGACUACUAAUACCACUGGUCUGGGCCUCUGGGAGCCGUUUAUGAUGGACGGGUUGGAUGGGGAUUUGCUGUUAUUCUUCUCAAGGGAAACACGCACUGAUGGCAAGGAUCAGAAUAGUAUCCUUGUCCGGUCUUCGGACGCAGGCAAGACGUGGGGCAAGGAGCUGACGAUUUCUGGAGGCGAUGUACAGAAGCGCGAUGGAAUGCUGGGCGCCGCGAGGCUGGCGGAGGGGUCGGAGAGUAUGAUAGCUGUGUUUGAGAGCCUGGGGCCUAACACGGGAAUUACGUCCGUCACGUCCGAUGAUGAUGGGAAGAUAUGGAAUAAACCCCGCGGCAAGGUUUACGCAAGUAAUGAGGGGAAGAUUACUGAGGCAGCUCCGCAGGUUGUUCUGGUUGGAAAGACGCUGGUUGCUAGUUUCUCGACUAAGGAGGAUAAUUUUGACUCGGAGCAUUUCGAUGUCAAGGUCGUCACAAGUAAGGAUGGUGGAAAGACCUGGGGUGAGAAGACGACGGUGCAUAAGGAGUGUCAUUGGGCGGGAGAAGUGACAGUCGAUGACAACAGUUUGCUUGUUCUCUGUGAUAAUAAAGGUGUGGUUGUUGCACAGCGGGUGGAAAUUUCAGAGUAAAUACUGGAUUCGUUAGGAGGGUGUUUGGGGUAUGUGGCAUUGUUGUUGGGGGAGAUUGCCCGACCGUGUAUAUAUAUUUUAGUUACCACAUGUAUAUAUGAUUUUGCUGUUGACUUUCAUUUCUUUCAAUCCAUGCACCUGAGAAAUAAU